AUGGGAGCUCGGAGCAUAGCCGUUACAUUUGACAUUGAAGAGAGCCACCAGCACGUGGGGCUGAACAUGAAUGGUAGGGAGGAAUCCGUGGUGUCCAAGGUAUCACCGUUCAUGUUCACUGAUGGCAAUUCAUACACAGCAUGGGUGGAUUAUGAGCCUGGGGAUCCGGGCACCUUUCAAGUCUUCUUGGCGAGCUCGAACGAAAAGCCAGAGGAGCCGCUGCUGCUGCAGAAGGGUGUGUCGCUGUGUGCGGUGCUGCAGCCGCGGGUGAAGCAGCAGCGGGCGGCGUUCUCGUUUGGGUUUACGGCGUCCACCACUGUAAAGCCCUUCCAGCUGCAUGGCAUUCUCUUCUCCUCCGUGCAAACAGGCAAGGUUAUAUCGGGCGCUCCUUCACCCAAGGCUGUCCAGGUCAAAGAGCAAGCCGUCGGCCUCACGUUGUCAGAGGCCACAUUUGCACCAUCUCGAGCCAGUCCCUUUUCGCGCUACGUGAGUGCGGACUUCAAGCUGUCGGCCACGGAAGCGGACUCGUGGAGCAUUCGUGACUUCCACACAUGGGACUCCGUGCCCUUCCUUGACUGGCCUGUCAAGAACCAAGGCGACUGCAAUGCCUGCUGGGCGUAUGCGGUGGUGGCGAGUGUGGAGGCGGCAUACGGCAUUGCAAAGAAUCAAAGCGCGCCCCAGCUGGCAGUGGGCUCUCUCUUCGCCCUCAUGGGGCUCUCCGACUCCGACAAGUGCUCUGCUGGCGGCUCCCCCACGGAGGCCUUUGAGGCGCUCACAGCUCUCGAUGCCUCCAGUGGGCUCGCAGGGGCUGAGAAUCCGGCAGCAAUCUACCCGGUGCAGGCAUUUGAGCGAGCAAAGUUCAAGGGGUAUGUGGGGCUCAUGCUAGCAGUGCAGCGGCAGCCAGUGGUGGCUCACAUCGAGGCGUCUGCAACCUUCAUGCUGUAUGAUGGGACAUUCAAGUACCAGGAUCGUGGUUGCUACACGGGCAAUCUCAACCACGUUGUACUCGUUAUUGGCUACUUCAUCACAAGAAACGAUGGCAGCCAGAACCGCAUUGCUCCUCCGUUUUGGAUCAUCCGCAACUCGUGGGGAGAGGAGUGGGGCAAGAGAGGGCACAUGCGCAUGGACAUCCAGGGAGGGGAUGGCGUGUGUGGCAUCCACGUGCUGCCUGGCAUCUACCCCAUUGUCAAGAUUCCAGGGGACCCCUGCGGCCAGAGCAGCUACAAGGGCGAUGGGGAUUUGCAGCCCAGCAUGAACCCGUGCGGUCGCUUCCAGUGCCAGGGGAUGACUGAGACCACCAACAACUGCACCUGCAAUAUUCCUACCGCUCCUGUGCAGCCCUUUGUGGAGGUUGAGAAUGGAUACGGCUCCAACACUUGUGCUUAUGGUGAGUUAUGUGCAAAGUUUACAUGUGAGUAG